GCAAACAGUUUCAGAAGGAAGAGAAAAGCCGAGCGAAAAUCGUAUUUUCAAAACCCAAGAAACGCAACCCUGAGCCGUUUCUCUUCAAAAAAUUCCUCUCUCUCUCUCUUCAAAUCUUCCAAUUUUUCUUCAUCAGAUUCCCAGUUUCUUCACAAUUUCUCAAUCACAGGGCCGAAAUUCUCCCCCUAUUUCCAUGAAUUUGACAAUCACAGUCUUGUAGUUCAGAUGGCCGACACCAAUCCCAAUACCCCCACCGCCACCGCGCCGGAGAAGAGCCCCUCCGCCUCGCCGACCAGCUCGAGGUCGGUGACUCACACUGUCAAUGGCUCGCACAAGUUCGUGAUCCAGGGGUACUCUCUGGCGAAGGGAAUGGGACCCGGCAAGCACAUUGCCAGCGAUAAUUUCACCGUCGGAGGGUAUCAAUGGGCUGUUUACUUCUAUCCCGACGGGAAGAAUAUUGAGGAUAAUUCGACCUACGUUUCCAUCUUCAUCGCACUGGCUAGCGACGGCACCGACGUCAGGGCGUUGUUUGAACUCACGCUUGUCGAUCAGAGCGGUAAAGGGAAGCAUAAGGUUCAUAGCCAUUUUGAGCGGUCGCUUGAGAGUGGUCCUUAUACUCUGAAGUAUCGCGGCAGUAUGUGGGGAUACAAGCGUUUUCUUAGACGAUCUACCCUUGAAAACUCUGACUACCUCAAGGAUGAUUGCUUACAAAUAAAUUGUACUGUUGGAGUUGUGGUUUCAUCAAUAGAGCAUUCACAUUCACAUACGAUUUCUGUUCCCGAGUCUAAUAUUGGAGCUCAUUUUGGGGCGCUGCUUGAAAAUUUGGAAGGUUCAGAUGUUACCUUUAAUGUCGAUGGGGAAAAUUUUCAAGCUCAUAAGUUGAUAUUGGCUGCUAGAUCACCUAUAUUUCGGUUUGAAUUUUUUAACAUGUUAGAGGAAAAUAAGCAGGAGAUUAUUGUGAAAGGUCUAGAACCUAACGUUUUCAAGGCUUUGCUGCACUUUAUGUACACCGAUAACAUUGCAGAGGAUGUGGUUGUAUCAACUUCAAAUUCAUCUUCUGAAUCUUGUAUGGGCGACAACUUUAUGGCAAAAUUGUUGGCAGCAGCAGACAGAUAUGGCUUGGAGAGAUUGAGACUUAUGUGUGAAUCUCAUCUUUGUAAAAAUCUUUCUGUACGGUCUGUUGCACAAGUACUAAGUUUUGCCGAUCAGCAUCAUGCCGCUGAAUUGAAAGCAGUUUGCCUGAGAUUUGCUGCCAUGAACCUUGGAGCUGUGAUGCAAUCAAAAGGUUUCGAGCGUUUGAAGGAAAUUAACCCUUCGCUUCAAUCAGAGCUCCUGAAGACACUUGCACAGUGUGGUGGGGACAUUUGUGGCAGCGGGUCGAAAUCCCGGAGUGUGUGGGCUCAACUCUCCGACGGUGGCGAUUCAAAUGGCAGAAGGGUUAGACAAAGAACCUGAUAAACUCACACCAUCAUUGUUCCUUGUGUAAAUGCCAAUGUGUUUUUCAAGUAACGUGUAAAAAAAGGACCGAAAACGAAUGAAACAGCUCGGUUUCGAUAUGCUUAUUGUGGAACAAAUUCAAUAGCAGUCAAAUUCGAGGUUCAUCUUUUAGUUUCGA